GAUGAAAAGAACCUUGUAAAAAUUUUCUUUGUGCCGUUUGUUUAAAUCUUUAAUCAAAUUUGCGGUCACUUGCGGGGAUGCGCAUUUUUACAGACAUGGUAAAUACCAGUACUUGCAUCUACAAACUGAUGUUAUAAAUUUCAAAUCGGUUAAUCUGGUUACGGCAAAAAUCGAAAGCUACCUUGCCAAACAUGACGGACGCGUUAUGUUCCCCCGUUCCUGAUGACAUCGAAAAGGGUUACAAAUCUUGGAUUGACGAAGUGGAAAAAGUGUGCAUGACGGCUGUAUUUAAAAAGCAGAGUGAUAUGAUGGCGAGGACCUUUGAAUAUUUGGCAAUUAAAUUCAGUGAAAUUAGGGGUUAAUGGAUCGUUUAUCUGACGAUCUGGAUAAGCAGCAGAUCAGUCGGGAACAAUCCAACUCGCCCGGAAAAACUGAGGAAGAAAAUGAUGAUCCUCCGGAGUAUCAGGAUGCCAUGGAUGAAACAAGUACAUCACAACGCCAAGCAAGAAAGCCUCCGGGAUCUGCGCAGCAUCAUACGGCGUUAUUCAAUGCCGAGGAGGCCAACCUAAUGGCGGCAGUAAAAACUGCAAAACAGGAGAAAACUUCAAGCGGAAACAGCCAUUUCUAUUCUGCAAACCAGGAUUCUUAUGCCCAGAAACCAGAAUCGAAUAGGGAGGAGUUUGCCGAGACGUUCAUUGACAUGCAUUUAAAGCCUGCCCUCCUUCGAGGCGUUUCGGAAUGUGGGUUUUUUAGACCGUAUCCUCUUCAGCAGCUAGCAAUCUUACCAUAUCUUAAAGGUCGCGAUGUAGUGGUCCAAGGCCACACGAGAAGCGGGCAGAAGACAUCCUUUGUGAUUUCUGUUUUACAAAAAAUAGACAUCGAAAGCGCGGAAUGCCAAGCUUUGAUUGUGGCACCAUAUAAAGAGACAGCGGAAGAGAUUAAGCAAAUCGUCCUGGACCUGGCUAAAUUUACGGAAACGAAGUGUCGUCUUUGUGUCGGUGGUACCAAUGUUCUGAGUGACAUGAUGGAGCUCAGCAAAGGCCGACACAUUGUUGUUGGAACGCCCGGUCGUAUCCAAGACAUGAUAUUACGAAGAGUGUUAAAGACGAAUGAUAUCCAAAUGGUUGUGAUGGAUGAUGCCGAUGCGCUUCUCAGCCGAGGCUUAACGGACCAGCUACGCGAUAUUUUAACAAGCUUGCCAAAAGGUGUUCAGGUUUUGUUGGCAACCCGGGCAAUAUCACCACAUAUCACGGAAGUGACAAGGCGUUUCAUGCGCGAUCCCGUGCAGAUCGUGAUUCAGGCCGAUCCACGGGAAAGACCAUUAAACGCAGUUCGACAGUUUUUCCUGAUAGUGGAUAGAAAGGACUGGAAACUGCAGACACUGUGCGAUCUUCUGGAAAAUAUCCAUGUUCCGCAGACCGUGAUUUUCUGUAACACGAGGCGGGAGGUUGAUUACCUUGCCCACCAACAGCGGAAACACACGCUUGCCGCCAUACAUGGAGAAAUGCCUGAGAGAGACCGGGUUAUAGUUUUUCAAAAGUUUCGCCAGGGUGCGCUUCCCAUUGUGGUGACCACGGAUCGUUAUGCACGUAGCGUAUUCGAACGGGAGGUGAAUUUGGUCAUCAGCUAUGAUAUGCCGAGCAAUCGAGAUCACUAUAUCAACCGGAUGGAAUUUGGCGGUCGGGAGUGCAGAGAACGGAAGGGUUGUGCUAUUACUUUUGUCACAAACAACGAUCUCCAUUUUUUGAAGGACAUAGAGCAGUUCUAUGGCACGAAAAUAGAAGCAAUGCCUGGCAAUGUGGCUGAAUUAUUUGAAAAGAAGUAAAACCAAAUAAAAAUGACCUUAUAUACAUCUGAUCAGCUCUUUGUACGGCCAAGUUUCCAUGUGCUCUGACUUGAACACCGCCAUAAUGUGAUCAUUAAACAACCUUUUUGUCCAACAGUGACGACUUGCACUUGCUUUUUCCAAACGCCAAACUGUAUAACAGUUCUGCAUGUUGUUCCCGUUUGUAAUUUCUUCAUCGUACUGUUACCUUUUCAUAAAC